GGAUCAUAAACAGUACACAUGGAGGGUGUGUCCGAGUGAAGAUUUUUAUAUAAGUAAAGGGUUUUUGAAGGGAAUAAUGGGGGACGUGGCGAAAGCUAAACGUCGGGAACAAUUAAAACGAUGGUCUGGUUCAAGCACAGACAGGGAACCUCCAGUGCCUAGACAAAGGUGGCGGGGAGAUGUUGUGGAUACGGGAGAAUCGGAGGGAUCUCAAGAUGCAGAUGGUAACAAACCACCCACCGGGGAGCCAGAGGGUCCAACAAGACAAACCACGAAACGAAGGCGGCGAGUUCACUUCGAGAGGACGGCGGAGUUUUUGGCUGUCUGCGCCAGCGGUGACACGGAAGAGGCUGGCGAGAUGCUGAAAGAGGCCAAAGGACUCCGUCUGCAGGAGCAGGAAACCAGCGGAGACAUCGUCAACUGCUCCAACGCGGACGGCAUCACGGCCUUGCACCAGGCCUGUAUCGACGGCAGUAUGGAGGUGGUGGCGUUCCUCCUGACGCAGGGUGCCAACGUCAACCAGGUUGACAGCGAAGGGUGGACCCCCCUGCACGUGGCGGCCAGCUGCGGAAACGUCGAGAUAACCGAGUUCCUGCUUGAUCAGGGUGCUUUGUUGAGCUCGGUGAACUGUGACGGAGACGUCCCAUUGGACAUCGCCGAGGACGAGGCCACGGAGACACUUCUCCAGGAACACACGCAGAAGCAAGGUGUGGACCUAAAAGCUGCCAAGCGGGAGGAGGAGGAGCAGAUCAUGAGCGAUGCGCGCCAUUGGCUGUCGGAGGGCCUGCCGCCGGACGUCCACAACCCCCGCACCGGGGCCACGCCCCUACACGUCGCCGCUGCCAAGGGAUACCUAGAGGCCAUCAAGGUGUUGUGCCAGUGUGGUCUGGACGUGUCGGCGGUGGACCUGGAUGGCUGGACCCCUCUCCACGCCGCCGCCCACUGGGGCCAGGGGGAAGCCUGCCGCCUGCUGGCCGAACAGCUGUGUGACAUGGAGGCCCGCAGCUCCGCAGGCCAAACCCCAUUUGACGUGGCAGACGAGAGUGUGGAAGCCCUCCUGGAAGAGUUGUCUCAAACCCAAGCUAACUGGCGUAAUGAAAGGUCACAAAACGAAGCACAAAAUGCCCAGGGGUCAACAGCAGGUGGCGCUGCAGGCAAGAAACGCAGGACGUCUGUUUGCAGGAUGAGCAGCAGAGACAAGAUGAACGUGCAGGACCAGUCCAAGGAGCGCGGCAUCUCCGGAGGCAUCGACAUGAACGAGGAGCGCGAAAGCAGCCCAGAAACAUCUACUGUAUCCAGUCCAGACAGUGAAAGCCUCACGACCUCCACUACGAGUCUUGGUGAUAAGACGGCGGAUGAGAAGGAGCAAGAGGAGCGGGAGCAGGAGCUGUCCAGCCGGACGGCCCGCGUGCAGCCCACGCCGCAGAAGAGGGACUCGCCCGCCGAGAGCCCCAGCGCCAACAUGGCCGACCGACGCAAGUUCCAGGCUCCUGCGCGGGAUGAGGAGUCAGAGUCUCAGAGGAAAGCCCGUUCACGCCUCAUGCGCCAGUCCCGACGCUCCACACAGGGUGUGACGCUGACGGACCUUAAGGAGGCGGAGCGCACUGUGCCGCGUAAUGACCCUCCGCGCAGCGUGCAGCCCGUCAGCCCCAUCGUCACGGUUACGCCGGGCAGCGUGCAGCCAGUCAACCCCAUCGUCACGGUUACGCCGGCAGAGAGAGACUCCGAGCCAGAGAAGGCUGGGGGCCCCGGGGGGCCCGAGGGAGAGGCGCGGUCUGGGCCCCGGGAGCGGAGGAGGAUGAGGAAGGAGAGGCGCUCCACCGGAGUCGUUCAGAUCUCUGCAGAGACUGAGGACGGCGAGGCCAUUGAAGACGCCACCUCGGACAACACCCUCAGUGAACCGCAGGCAGAGGACCCGUCAGACAACUACAGGCUGCUGUACACGGAGGUGCUGGGUGAGAAUGCGGCGCUGCGGGAAAAACUACAAGAAACUCAACUGCUACUCAGUCAGAGCAAAGUGGAGCUGGAACGACUUCGGCAGAGCCAGGAAAACGGAUCAGAGCGGCCGGCCAUGCUGGAGUUGGAGCAGUUUGAAAAGAAGGUCCUCCAGAGGAAGGCUGCUGAGCUGGAGAAUGAGCUAAAGCUGUUGGUGGAUCUGCGCGCGGACAACCAGAGGCUGAAAGACGAGAACGCAGCGCUCAUACGCGUCAUCAGCAAGCUCUCCAGAUGAUCCCUUUUGUUUGCACUGGAGUUUCCAGCUGAGUUUCCUGGUGCUGCUGCUGCUGUUAGCUGUUAGCAGCACAAGUCAAGUCAGCAGCAUCUCGUCUCGUCUCAUCUCCACCAACAUCCCCGUCAGCAUCCUCAUCUGCCUGUCCUGAGGGGAGGGGCCAGAGAAGAGGACUCUCCAAACAUGGCCGCCACUCCUUACCAAACAUGGUCGUCACUCCUUAUCAAACAUGGGGUGCGUUCCAAUAUGCGACCUUGCGUCCUCCACUUGUGCUUGUGGCCUCGUACCAGGAAGUAAUAUGUCGUGAUGACAUCACUGACAACAGCAUUAUAUUUUAAUAUCUCGCAAAAGCUCAAUUAUAAAGUCGUUUUCUCAUUUGCAAACUGGAUGGUGAAUUAAGAAUUAUUUUUGGCUAGGCUGACCGCAGGGAAACUGAAUUGUUUUCUCCACGGAGGCGGGGCAUUAGCAAAACGUGAUGCCACAAGCACAAGUGGAGGAUGCAAGGUCGCAUAUUGGAACGCACCCAUGGCCGCCACUCUCUACACGCCACUCCUUAUCAAACAUGGCCGCCACUCCUUACGAAACAUGGCCGCCACUCCUUAUGGCCAUCUCUCUGUAUGGCCAUCUCUCUGUAUGGCCAUCUCUCUGUACGCCACUCCUUAUGGCCAUCUCUCUCUCUGUACAUGCACUGAAACCCUCAGCACAUAAUGUCAACAUGGGCUUUUGUCGUUUCUUCUUCAUUCCUUGAUAUGGUGGAAAUGUCAAGUGGAAAAACUACUGUCAUCCAAGCUAUUGUCUGCACACCUUACUUCUGUGUGCAGUAGGGCACAAUUUGGAAAUUGCAGGGUGCUUUUUGUUGUUUUUUUGUGCUGUAUAUCUAAGUUUUUAUGUUGUUUCUUCCUGUUUUUGCUUUUAAAUGCACUGUGCUUCAGAUAUUUUCCUAACCUAUUAAUGGGAGUAACCCUGGCUAGUAUGACGUAACGGCUUGUAUUUUUUUAGUACUGGUCUUUUUUUUGUGUUUUUUUUGCUUUUUGCUUUUAUGUCAGCCAAUGGCUGUUGUCAAAUUACCACAGAAGUGUAUGCUCCAAUCAGCCCUAUACCUGCUGUAACUUGGACCAUUUUUGUAGUUCAAUAGUCACAUCUUAUAAUGGGUUUCAAUGGGAUAAAAGACUACAAAUGGCUAACGCCCUAUACCUGCUGUAACUUGAUGGACCAUGCUGGGUGUUCCCUUUUUUUUUAGCACUGAAAAAAAAUAUGACCUGGAGACAUAGUUGCAAUUGUUCUUAUUGUUAGAAGAUAAGUAAUGUGCCAAAAGCACGUAGGCCUGUUCCCAUGUCCUGUAGUUGGCGAGUCUCCCUGCAGAGGGACAAGGGAAGGGAGUGUUACCGCUAGGGAUGCACCGAUACCACUUUUUUGAAAACCGAUACAAGAACGAGUACAUUAAUGUGUGUACUUGCCGAUACCGAUACCUUUAACCACCAAAAUACAAUGAAAAUAAAUGCAUGGCCUUG